UUUUCAUUAAAAAAAUAUAAAAAUACUAGUACAGUUUUUUUUGCUUUUUUUUUAUUUACUUUCUUCUACUUAUGAAAUAUUUAAAUAAAAUUUAAAUAUCUGUUAUUGUUUUGUAAUAUGUUAUUAUCAUACCGAUUUCAAAUUAUUUUAUUUAGAUCGAUAUAAAAUAGUUUUAUCUAAAUUUACUAUUAUGAAUUCUCCAGAUAAUGAUGACUAUUGGAAUGAAAAGAUUUCUGAAAAAUUUAGCUUUGAAGAUGAAGAAAAUGAAAUUAAUUUUAGUAAGAUAACUUCCGAGUCUGGUGGUUUUCAAAUUGGAUUAACAAAAUCAAAAUUGCAAAAUAUAGCUUCCUUAGAUACUAUUGUACCACGAGAAAUUCUUGACAAAAUUUUUGAUGAAUCCAAAAAUUUACAAACCACACGCAGUAAGCAAAAGAAUAUUCAGAAAAAUCAAGUAUCCAUAAAAUCUACUAUUGAACAAAUUAUGAAUGCUCAACCUUACUCUUUAGAAAAUUAUCGUAGUCUUGAAGAAAAAAAAACUCUAUUGAUUGAAGCUUUAGAUACUGAUGAUGGUAACACCAUAUUGACUGUUGUAAUAUUUUUAUGUAAUACUCUAAAAAGAAGUAUUUUUCAACGUUUUUUAAGAGAAAACCCAGUUGCUGCUACUCAUUAUUUAAAUUAUUUAUUUUCUAAACAAUUAAUUGAAGAUCUGGUAGAUACAUUACAAAUGUUGGGAAGAACUAGAGAUGCUAUGAUGAUGCAGUUUAAAUUUGCUUGUCGAAAUCCACAGAAUUUUCAACAGCGUAUUAAUGUUUGUGCUAAUUUAGCUGAUGACUUUUAUGACAAACAAAUAAUAAUGCAAUUUAGUACUUUAGUUGGAAAAAGUAACUUUAAUAAGGAAAAUAAUACCUCAUCAGUGGUAAAUUUAAUAUCUCAACAUUGUAAAGAUCAACAAAAUAUAAACUCAUGCAGAAUAUUGGCCAAUGAGUUUAAUCUUAGUGCCAAACAACUUGAGGCUACAUUAUUAAUAACUUUUUGUCAACUUCAAAAUUGGAUUCAAAUAGACGAUAUGUUUAUAAACAAAAAUUGGCUUGGUAAAGAUAAAGUAGCCAUAACAUUACCUAUUGGAGAAACUGUUCAAUUGUUAUAUCAUAAUGGUGCACCUACUUCAUCAUUAACUAGAUAUCUAAAACUCAUGAAAGAUUCAGAUAAUCGAUUAGAACUUGCUAAAAAAUUCCAUUGUCAUCAUUUAAUAAUUGAUGAUUUUGCUUCCAAAAAAGAUCGCAGAGGUUUAAUAGUUUACAAAAAUAAUUUACAAAAACAAUCUGAAAGUUACUUUUAUGCUGAUACAAUUUUAAAAAGUCCAAAUAUCAAAUGGAAAAAUUGACACAACAAGUCAUAAACCUUAUAAGAUGCUAAAAUAUUUUUAAAUAAAACAUAGGAAUGAUUGUUAAUAAAAGUAUUGUUAUUAUUGAAUUAAUAAAAUUAUGAAAUUAGUAUUU